GGGCUGAUGUAAACAAUAUGGUGGACAAGCGAUAACAACAGACUUAAUUUCUUUCUGACGAUGUAUUACUUUAGGAAUUACAAUGAGGGUGCUGAUAGUGGAGACUAUGAACAGCCAAUAAGAGGUGCUUUGAAAUUAACUUUAUUUUUAAAAAAUAUGAAGUUCAUGGUACGAAAAUUUGAAACCCUACAAGUAGAGACGCAAGCGUACUGGCAGUGUGUUGUCAGUGGUACACGACAGUGUAAUUUUUAGUUAGACACACCAGUCUUAAUAGUUAAACCAAGUUAAAAUUUAUAGUUAAUCCAGUAAUGAGAGCAAGUUCAAUUUUUAAUUAUGAAUCUGGGUAAGCAAUAAAGCUGCAAUUCAAAUAGGUAUAUAGCUCGUCACAAAUCAACACAUUCACAUACAAGACUAACAAGUUGUCAACAAGCCAAGUUGAUGCAGGCAUGACUUCCUCCAAUACCACAAAUCCUAUUUACUUUAAUAUUCAAAUAAAGGUUAUAUAUUAUAUAGGCUACUAAUUAUUACAAUUUUAUAUUUAUAAUAUUACUAAUUAUUAUUAUUAUUACUAUAACAAAAUUGUUUGAGUUUGACAAUGACAUCACUGACACUAUGUCAGCAUACUCUGAGCAUAGGACUGCAUACAGUCAUGUAGUUAAAGUUUAAGAAAGUGUUUGAACUUGAGUCCAUCUUUUUAUUUUCCUUAUGCUCACAAUUUAUAGACAUUGGCCUAAUUUAUUUUCAUAUGAAUAGGAAAUUUCACCAAUUGCAAUGUUCAGCGUCAUAGCAUAUACUUUAAUUAUUAAUAUAGCUCUACUUUAGCCUUGAAAAAAUAAUUUUUUUGUACCGGGGUAAUUAUUAUAAUAUUUAAUGGUCACAGAAAGGGCAACUGAAAGUUUAGAUGAUUUGAGGAGCAACUUGCAAGGAGCUCCCCACGUUUCAGGAUUUGUCAAUAGUGGAGACAGCAAACAUAAUUUGAGUAAAACUGUUCACCCAAGAAUACUAACCUGGGAAGAUGAAAAUGAAUAUCUACCAAGGCAGUCUGAUGCAGCAGCUCAACUCAGAAAUAAACUAUUUUCAAUGCAGGUACUCAAUUUUUAGAUGUUUAAAGUAAAUGGUAAAACAGAAGAAAAUAAUGAACCUUAAAAUGUGAUGGAGUUUUAGUUAAAUAAUCAACAUUUUAUUUAAAAUUCCUUGUUAAAAUAUUAAUUUAUUAUAUUUUAUAUUUUUAAGAAUCUUUUUAAUUAAUGUUUUCUAUUUUCUUAUUUAAAAUUAUUCGAUAAAAGCUUAUAAUUCUAUUUCAUACUCUUGUUUGAUAAAUACUAACAAAGCAAUAGUAGAAUGUUAAAUUAUAUAACUAUAUUUCAGAGUGGCUAAUAGAAAUUUUAUCCAUACAGGAAUCUCAAACACAUUCAGUUAAACAAGGACAACUGCCAUCACCAGAAGAAGCAGCCACCCUCUUAAAAAAUCAGGCAGUUUAUACAAGCCAUCUAGAGGCUGAGUCUAGAUACAUCAAGGUUAAUUCAUUAUAUUAUUUAGGAAUAAUCUUUUACUCUUUAUUUUUUAACUUUUAAUCUCUUAGUUAUCUCUUUAUGUGUAGUAAAGGAUUGGCUAAUUCUUGAAAAUGGACUCAACAUUUUGUAUAAGCCACUUAAAAAAUCCAACCAACAUCUGAUGUAACAUUAAAUAUUUGUUUCUCAAUGUUAAUCUAUUAAAUUAAAUGUUUUAAAUUUAUUGUUCAGCAACAAAAAAAAACCCAAACUAUAUGCAACAAUUUUUCAACAGGAGGAAAUGGCUGUCAUAAGAAUGAAAUUAGCUGAAGUCCUUGAAGAAAACAGAGCUUUGCACACUGAACUCAAGACAACAGUUGUUCAUGAAAUACUUAAAGAUGGAGGAGAGAUAAUAAAUGUUAAUACUUAAAAUAGAUGAGAUAAAUUAGAUUAAGUGCUUGUUUUGCUGACAAUCAAAGAUUUUUUAAAUAUUUAACUUUUGCUGUGACAUGCUUUAUUUUUCCAACAAAUUUAAUCUAAAGUGUUGAAAAUGUUAGUACAUUUUUGUAGGUUUUUUUUUUUUUUUUGCAUUAAUGAGAAAAAUGACAUCUCUUUCACAUUCAUUUAUUAAUUAGAAAGGUUAAUUAUUUCACUGACAUGUUUCAGCUGAUGGGCUCAUUGGAUCAAAUAUUUAUUUAAUCUAAAGUGUUGAAAAUGUUAGUACAUUUUUGUAGGUUUUUUUUUUUUUUUGCAUUAAUGAGAAAAAUGACAUCUCUUUCACAUUCAAGUAAUAAUUAGAAAGGUUAAUUAUGUCACUGACAUGUUUCAGCUGAUGGGCUCAUUGGAUCAAACAUUCUCCGAUUCCUACAGUAAUGUGAUGGGUCGUCAUGAUUUCAAACGAUGGCAAGUAGAAUUGGUUAGUAUCAAAUGGAUGGAUAUUCAUCUACUUAAUUGAUAUGUACAUUAGUAAAUCAAGUCCAUCUGGGAUUUUAAAGUUUCCUAAUGGGGAAAUUGCUUAUUUAAGAUAAUAGAUUUUAUGGUCAAAGGCUGUUUAUGUACUUAUGCAAAGUAAAAGGAUCUUGGUAUUUAUGGCAGUAAAAAAAAUUCACAGAUGCAUAGACACAUUUAAAAUUGCUAUUAUUAUUAAUUUUUAAUAUAUUCAAUCAUAAAGCAAUUGUCUUGAAAUGCAACGACUAUUACACAUGUUACCUCAAUUUUAGUUUUUAUGUAUGUACUUAAAUCUAUAAGCAAUGUUGAUAAAAAUUGCAGUAUUUUAAAUAUACAUAAAUUUUACAUAAAUAGUACAGUUUUUGCUAGUUCUUCUAUGUGGUAUUAUGACAUUCCCUGUUAAUUUUAGAAGAAAAUGAAAUUUGCUUCCCUCUCACUCACCUAUUUGUUAUUAAUCUUCAGGAGCGAUUAAGCAGGCUUCAUGCAGCCAAAACAGAGAGGUUGGAGUCACAGUUGGGCAAUUCAAGGUUCAUUACUCAAAAAAUUAUGUUUAAGAUUAUUAAGAAUUGAACUUUUUAUUUAAAAAUUGUUGAAGCAAAUUCAUCUGCAAAUUUUAUUGAAUGCACUUGGCCUUUAAAAUAUUAGUUAUGAAACAUUAUUGAUUAUUUUCUGUAUUUAACUUAUAGAAUGGUUGUGGAGAAGCUAGAGCAGACAGUUGAAGAUCUGAAGUCACAACUCAGAAUGCAGGAAUCCAUACCCACACAUGAAAAUGGACUUGUUGGUGCAGUGUUUCUCUCGGAGAAUCAAAGAAACAUAACUCAUCGAACAAUUGAAAAGCUCACCAAGUAAGAGUCUAAUUAAAAUGUAUCUUUAUCAUGCAUAGAUCUGUGUUAAAAAUAAUGGCCUUGUUUAUGAUUGGCUACACCAGCUUAUGAAAUGUAUAACAAAACAUUACUUCCUUACUAGUAUUUACUGUAUGCACCAACUUUUUAAAAUGUUUGUUAAAGCUCAAUUCUGUGUUACCAAAUAAAUGACUUUGCUGGUGUAAGUUCCUUAAAUAAUGCUCUAAGCAAAGGCAUGGUGUUUUUUUUUUUACAUAUGUAAAUAUUCAAUAAUUUUGAUAUUUUGGGGCAUAUUUUCUGUACAGGGAGCGUGAUGACCUGAUGGAUCAUGUAACAUCUCUACAAGCCCAACUUAAAGACAUGGCACAGAGAGAAGAGGAUGCUUACCAGCAGAUGAAGAAGGGAAUUCAGCUUGUUGAACAGGCGCAGUUGGAACAGACUGAAGUAAGAAUCAUGCCCCAUAUUUAGCUUUUGAAUUUUAUCCCACCCCUUCCUUCCUGACCGCCAUUUAAUUAAAUAUUGAUUUGUUAAUGAAGCAUUAGCAGACACCAGCAAGUAGAGCAUAAAGACCAUGCUCCUUACAUUUACAUUGGCCUGGGGAUCUGUCUCACUUGGGAUACAUUCGUAUGUCCAAAGCAGUCAUCUAAAUGCCAGUAGCACAACAGAGGAGCUCCCAGACAGAUUUAUAAAGACCAGCUCAAGCAUCAGCUAACCAAGAACAAAAUAUCUGGGAACACUGACAGCAUCUGAUAGGAACAGUUAGAGACAGUUAGAGAUCCUUUGUUUGAUUUGUAGUAUGUUGAAAUCACAAGGCAACAACUAAACCUUCAUUUUCUUAAUAACAGCCAGUCAGUUCAAAGGUCCACUUUACUCACAACUAUUUCUAUGUACAUUGUGACUUGUCUAGGCCCUGGUGCAGAAAGAGCAGAUCCGUGAUGAGCUAGUGAGAACAAGACAACGGUUUGAGGAGCAUGUCAGAGAAUCUCAAACAUUGAUAAGAGCUGAGAGAGAGACGGUCAGGAGAGAAAAUCAAACUUUAAUAGAGGACUUAAAUAACAAGGUAAGAUGAAUACCAGACUAAGUCCGAUGGUGAUAUAGUCAUAGAGGAAGAAUGCUUUGGAUCUAUGGUUCAAGCCAAUGUGGUUAUGUUGGUUGUUUUUUUUUAAAUGAAACCUUAUAAGAUUUUAAAAUACAAAUAAGUUCAGCAUAUCAUUGUUAUAAUAUUUAGGGCAGUUUUUAAAAUUCUGUAUCAUGUCUAGCUUUGUACAGCAUUAAAAAGCAUUGAAUUUGAUACCAAAAAAAAAAGCUUGUGAAAAUGCAUUCUCUUGCUGUUGAAUAAUUGUGUUAAAAUCUGUGACAUACUGGAUGGUAAACAAUUUAGGUUUAUUUCUUGCCAUAUUGUUUUGAUUUAAACAACAGCUGAAAGAGCUUGGAGAGCACUACACCCUGGUUCAAGCCAAGUAUGAGAAAGAGGUCCGAGAUAAAGCAAGCUUAAGCACUGAAAUAAGUGAACUGAAGUCUCAACUUAGGACUUACAACCGAGAGGUUACAGUGGUAAGUGGUGUGAGAGGUCACGCUGUGAGAGAUCAUUGUGGUAAGUUGUGUGAGAGAUCACUCCGUGAAAAGUCACUGUGGUAAGUUGUGUGAUGAGUGACAGUAGUACGUUGUGUAAGAGGUCAUUGUGUUAAGUUGUGAGAGGUCACUCUGUGAGAGGUUGCUGGUAAGGUGUGUGAGGAGCAGGGCUGCCACUCACUUUUUUCAAAUUUCCCAAGAUUUGGUGAACAAAUUUCCCAAGAUUUCCCAAGAUCAUACAAAUAUAUAAGAGUUUUUUUUUUAAAGGGGGGUUUUCUAUGUAAUUAAUGUAAUAAUAGAUUGAAUCAAUGCCCCUGAAAAACAUGGUAUAUUAAUGGACUGAAAUUUAUUGAAAAAGACAUUUAAAACAUGUUUAUCACAUUUUAAAAAAAAAAAUUUGUUUUUAAAAAAAUAAUUUAUAAUCCAAAAUAUCAAUACCCACUGGAGUUAGGCUACUAAAUAUUACCUCCGAAUUCUCUGAUAAAAAUAUAAUCUACAAUACAUGUGUAAUAGAAGUCACUUGGAAAAAAAAAGCAUACAAGGCUAAUCAACACAGAAUUCCUUUUACAAAGGCAAAAGUUUCUUCAUCAAAAAAUGAUUUUUUAUUAUUGUAAAUCUGUUGAUUACAAGUGGGGUUUGCAAAGCAAUUAAGCAAAAUUUAUUAAUAAUAAUUGUAGUUAAAAUGGAUUGAUAUUACGAUGAAAACAAUAAGUGUUUUAUUUUUUCUUGUAAAAUUUACAUUAUAACGAUUUUUUCACAAAAAAAAAAAUACUUUUAAAGGAAUUGUUCAUUUAUAAUCCUACAACGUAGGCCUAUACUGCCUAUACUAUUAAUAUCUUAGUUACCCGUGUUUCAAUCCACAAAUAUUUUUUCCAAUUGAUGAAAAUUAGGCUGGAUUUUUUACAGACGCAUUAUAUUUUGAACACAUUGUAGAAGUAAUUGAAAUAAUAAAAUUCUACUAUGGCAUGGAUUCUUGAUUGAACACUAUCGUUCACUCUUUGGCUUGUACUGUUUUUCGUAUGGUUGCUAAUGUCUAAGAGCAUAAUGAUAAAGUUUCCGAGCCUACCCCCCCCCCCAUUUAAUAAACAUUCAAAACCUGGAUGUAAUUUGUAAAUCUUCAAUUUUUUUUUUUAAAGAGAAAAUUGAAUUUUUUUUUAAAAUUAUUAACUUUUUAAUAAUUCACAAUAUUAACUUUAAAAUCAGAAGAGUUUUUAUUUAUUUUAUGAGUGGAUUUAAAAAUUAAAACCAGAAAAGAAAAUGAAAACAAUUAAUUUUUUGCCUUGUUACUUUAAAAAUUAUUUUGCUUUAUUUUUACUUUAUUUUUUAUCAGAUAUUGUUGCGUUUUUUUCGAAAAAUAUAACAAAAUUUUCCCCCCAGUUAAGAUUUCCCAAGGUUUUGCAUGAUUUUCAAAAUUAUUCCCCAGAUCCCAAGGGGGGUCGUGAAUUCCCAAGAUCUUGGGAAAUUUCCCAAGGUGUGGUAGCCCUGGUGAGGAGUGACAGUAGUACGUUGUGUGAGAAGUUACAAUAAGUUGUGUGACAGGCAGACAAAAAAAAAAAAGUAAAAAAUUUGGUAAAUCUAAAAAUCCCUAAACUUAAAGCACAAGGGGAUCUUUUAAAAAUAAAUAUUUAUUAUGCUAAGUAGGAAAGUGUUAAUUCUUCGCAAUUUAGAAAAAAUUUAAUGUGUUCAUGUUGGCAUACAUUUAGCCUAUACCAUUCAGGAAAAUAUUUUUAACUACCUUCUUCCCAGACAUCUGAAAGCUACAGAACAGAGACAACAAAUGCAUCCCUUCAGCGCAACUCUGCACUUUAUGAGUCCAACAGGUUGAGAUCUGAGCUGGAGAAAGUCCAACAUGACUAUGAUCAAGUAGGUUGUGUCGAUCUCAGCUUUAUCAAGAACACUUUCAUUUAACUAAAUCAGUCAUUGAACACCAUCACCCACAAUAUUAAAAUAAUUAAGCUAUAUUCAUAUGUCAUUUUUUUAUUCCGUGACUGCCCAGGAGAUGAGCAGAACAAAGAUUGAACUAGAUGAUCUUAGACAGAGGUUAAACAAGGCUGAAAGGGAGCUUGUCAAUUCCAAAGAGGAAUGCAUUCACAUGACCUCAAACAUUCAGGCACUAGAGAGAGAGGUAUUCCUUGCUGAUAAAUGUUAGAUUCAUCUGGCAACUGAUUUGUAACUUUUAUGCUAUUCAGUGCUCAGUUCUUAUAACAGGAAAAAACUGAUGCUAACAAUUUCUACUUAGAUAGGAUGUUUUAGAAUUUCCUUUAAAAUUUUUAAAGAUUGUUAAUAUUAAUUGUAAUCGUAUGUUGAAUUCUACUCCUGACAUGUUACUUAUAACUAAUAUUUAUAUAUAUAUAUAUAUAAAUUUCCAGUUGUGACAUGAUUCCCAUCCUAUACUUCUUAAUUAUGGUUAUGAUGGUUAUAAAAGCACGAGAUAAAAUCCAGAGGUUUUCAAUCACAAUAAUAUAACUUUUAUUUACGUUGACAUAACUUCACAGUAUAAAAUAAGAUAUCCAAUAGAAUAAAACAGUCGUCAUUAUCUCACAUACUUCAUAAUCCAAAUAGAUGAACGAUAGUUGUUCUGAUAUAAUAUGAUGUAGCUUUAAGCAAUGCAAGUGCAAAAAUAACAAUACAAAAUCUGUCUUCACGCUCCAAAAAUCAGCUAUCCACUUCACUUUCUCUCUGCGCAUGACAUUCAAAACUUUAUCUUAAUACUAAAAAUAACAAAACAAUUUAUCCUUGUAGUUAUGGAGCUGUUUCAUUAAUAUUAUCAAUUUUUUUUGUGUGUGUUUUUUUAAAACUAAUUAACUCUAACAAAUGAUAUAGAUCUAUUUUUUAACAUUUACAUGUUUUUUUUGUUGUUUUUUAAAAUAAAUUUUAAAAUAGGUCAUCUUAUGACUUGAAAAGGUUAUUUUCAAUGAAUAAUCUAUGGUAAUACUAAUACUAGUAAUCUAUAUUCCAAAGCUGCAUCUGGCCAAGAUGGCUAGAGACACAAUAGAGAGGUCUCGCUUAGAAGAUCUAAAAGUUAUCCGCCAGAGAGCACAAGACAGGGAAGAGGAGAUCCUAUUAAAAAUGGAAGAAGCAGAUGACAGACACAGUGAGUAAUAUAUUGUUUUUAGGUGUUUUUUUUUUCAAUUAACUUCCUGUCCAAUACAUUCUGGCAUCAUUAUAAGAUAAAAAGACAAGAUCAGCAUGUAUUAUGACCUACAUUAUAAAUAGAAGGUUAGCAUGUAAUGGGACCUAUAUUAUAAUGACAAGGUCAUCAUAUACUAGGACUUAAAUUAUAAUGACAAGGUCAUCAUGUUCGGGGGCCUUCAUCAUAAAUACAAGAUCAGUUAGCAUUCAUCUUUUCAUUUUCUCUUUUUAACCACAAUAUAUUUAAAAAGUGCACCAAAGUUCCACUACUAUGUUAGGUAAUUACGUUGUUAUAAAAAAAGACUACUUAUGUAUUUCUUUGGGACUGCUAGUCUUAAUGCUAGAGCCACCUGAUAUCUGUGACAUCAUUUGACCAUUCAAUUAAAAAACCAAGACUGUUCAUAAUUACAACUUAUACACAGGAACUCAACAGUCAUUCUUACUGCACAAUUAUUUGAAAAAAAAUUGCUACAGGCUAAAAUUUAAGGAAUAACGAAAAAAUCUAACUAGGAUUUUCAAGACUGAAAAUAAUAUGUACUAUGAAUGAAAUAAACAAACUUUCAUUUAUUUGGAUCAAUAAAAGUAUCUUAUCUUAUCGUAUCCAAAUUGACAGUGAAAUUGGGCAUAAUAUUAAAAAUUUGAUAGGGGGUACAUCAGAAUUGUUUAAAUGUAUUGUGUGUGUGCGGGUUGGGGGAGUGGGACACCAAACCAACAGAAUGCUGCCGUCUCAUGAACCUAAAGAAAAACUAUCAAAAGCUAAAGUUUAUUUCCAACUUAACCUCUGUAGUGUUACUUGUGGCAGUUUUAUCUUUGCAAAGGUAGCAGCCAUUUGAAAUGGCAAAAAUAUAAUUUGUAAAAUAAAACCGGAUUAAUUUUACUUUAACUCUUUGUAAUAAAUUAUUCAUCAUCAUUAUCAGUGGCGCCACAGCCCAUGUAGGGCCCUCGCCUGCUCCACCACGCCCUUCCAUUUAUAACGAUCCAUGGCUUUCAACCUCCAUGCGCAAACCCCCAACUGGUGUAAAUCCUUCUCUACAUCAUCGAUUCAUCUCAGCCUUGGGCGACUGGUGAGUGGUCUGCCGCCCAGGUUUCUUUCUGCUGUAUAUCACUUUUGCUGCUCUACAUUCGGCAUCCUUUCAAUAUGUCCUGCCCAGUGUAGUCUGCCUUUUUUUAUCGUUGCGACUAUGGGUGGGUCUUCGUACAAUUGUUACAGCUCUUGGUUUGUACGGAUUCUCCAGACAUCAUUUUCCAUCACUGGGCCAUAUAUUUUUCUGAGGAUUUUCCUCUCCCAUGUAUUGAGAAGGUUCUCUGCUUUUCUGGUAAGGGUCCAAGUCUCACUAGCGUAAGUUACUACUGGUCUUAUGAUAGUGAUAAUAAAUUAUUACAAAGACAUUUUUUUAAAAUAUAGUUUGUUACAAUCACAAAGUAUAAAAUAUUUGCCUUGGGGAAUUUCCUGCUAUGCAGUGCUACCCAUGUCAUGAUUAAAAAUGAAUGAGAGUUUAAUUUUUUCUGUCCUCUGUUGACUUUUUCAUCCAAUUGUGAGCACAGAAUGCUUUACAAAGGAAAUUUACAGACACCAUUUGAUCUUGAUGAUAUUGGCGUUCAAAUCAUUAUUCUGUUAUUUAUUAGCCCAUCCUCUAUGGCAGGAAUCAUAAAUGUACCACUUACCCUUUAAUAAAACUUUCUAACAUUUACUUUGUAUUGUCUUUAGAUCAGGCAACACAUGAGAUGGACACAAUGCUUCUUAAACAGAACAAAUUAAUUAUGAAGCUCAGGGAAGAGUGUAAAAAACAAGCUCUUCAUUUGGAGAAGACAGUUAAAAAAUACAGGUCAGUAUACAAAUAUAUAUAUUAUAUAAAUAAUAAUUUUUAUUCUGUACUUGAAAUUGAUUAUACAUUUUAAUUUUCAUAUAAUAUUGAAUCGAUAAAAGCAGUGCUGUGCCAGUUGCAGCCUGAAGUUGUCUUUCUUGUUCAAAAGAAAGAUGCACAAUUUAAAGAUCAUAGAUAUUUGAAUAUCCAUUUAAAUGUGCAUACACAACAUGUUCAAUUAUCUUUGUAUGCCUGUGUUAUUUCUUUGGAAGAGAUAUCCUGCUGCAUACACAAAUAGAGACUAAUUGAAAAUAUAUCCCUAAAGUUAAGCCAAGUGCUUAUCACAAUCCAGGGCUGAAAGGUUUAUUAAAAUAAAUUCUUCAAGAAUCUACAUUGUACAAACCUUUAAUUUAUAUAGGUAACCCUAAUAAAGUAGUAAAGCACAUGGCAACUUCCCUUGUAGCCCUGCCCUCAUUUCCACUGUGCAAAAAAAUACAAUCAACUAUUCAUCUAAUAAAACUUAAUUCAUCUUGACAUGAUAUGUUAAUAAAAUAUAAUUUUAAUUGUUAAAAAUACUGUAUAAUCACUUAAUCUAUUUCAUGCUAAAUUAAUCAGAUCACAGAAUGGGAAGCUCCAACAGUGCAACACAGAGCUAAUGAAGCGUAUGGAACGUAUGACACAUCGCGUAACAGAACUAGAAAAUCAGGAAGAGAGACACAGCCAAGUACACGACAAAAUGAGAGAGAGGUUACGGUCGCUGGAUGAGCAGGGUCAGAACCAGGCGGUGCAGGUAGGCUGUAGAUUUAAUCUUAAUAUUUCAAACACUUUGUUAUUAAUUUCAUAAUUGGUUAUUGAUUUUUGUAAGAUGCUUUCAAUUCAUAUAUUUUAGCAUUAAAUAAAUGUAUUUUUUAAAACUUGAGCUAGUUACAUUUUAUGAAACCUGAUUCACUAUUUAAAUUUUAAUUUUGAAAAGUAUGAGAUUUAAGCGUAAAUAUCUACGCCCACCUUGAUAAAAGAGAAAAAAAAAAUGUUUGGUAGACUUUUGAAAUUAAGUUUUCUGGAUAUAUAUUGAAACAUUUUUUCUUUGCACCCUAGCUGGUGGAAGCCAUCACAAAAUACAGCCAAGUGAGCCGUGAUCGCCAGCUGCUGGCCAAGGAAGUGGAGUUUUUGCGCCUUCAAUUACACAAGGCCAACCAGGUGUCGCCUGAAAUUUUACGCUUGAAUUCAUCAUCCAAAGCCAUGGUGGAUGACAUACUUAACACCAUGACUAAAGAUGAGAGAGAUGGAACUAUGUCUCUCAUUCCACUGCUGCAGAUCAGUGAUCCCCCUGAAAAAAUUAGUCUUGAGGAUCUGGGGCCCGAAUAAUAUUCACUAUUCAAAAUAGAACAUUUCAAGAAGCAAUGUCAAAUCUUUUUUUUAAAAAUCCAUUUUUGGAACAAGGAUUGUUUAAUUUAUUUUUUACUAAAGAAUAUAUAUAAAUUCUAUGUUAUAGUUCCAGAUCCAUCCUAAUAGCAGUUCUCCUCAACUUCUUUCACUAGCCGAACGCCUAGACCCUGGCCAACGUUUUGGGGCAUACCACAAGUAAAAACAUCAGAGAAAAUCAUUUCUGAGAAAUUAAAUUAUCAUCAUAAAUUGUUAGAACUUUUGCAUGCUUACCAAACUUUGACAGAUCACAUGUUAAAAUCUGCUGAAAAUUUAGUUAAUCCCUGUUUACAUUGUAAUUUUUAUUUUAGGCAGCAAAUCUGUGUUAUUGGGACUUGCCAAAUUUACCAGUGCACACAUUCUGUAAAUGUUUGAAAGCUUGGUAAUAAGAUAAUUUUGUUUCUUUUUACAAGAUUUUAUAUCAUUUUUGAGUGCUCACAGUAAAUUCUGUGCCUUUUCCUCCCCUUUAUGGCAUUAUGCUAUGCUGCGACACACCUAGCAUGGGAUGCAGAGCUCUGUUUAUACUAGUUUUUUUUCUAGAUUCGCAGUGGGAGAAAACUAAGAUCAAGUUCUUUUUAUGUUUAAGAAAAUCCUUUUUGUAACAGGCAAAAUGAAGUCUAAUAAAGACUACCGAUUUAAUGUUUUAACUCACCCCUGCCUUCACCACCAUUCCAUUUUCCCAAACUUCCCUGUAAGACCACCACAUAGUGCCCUUCUAAAGAAUUUCUAAUUGUAUUUUCAUCUUGUUGAUAAGUGGAUUUACAAACAUGUGACAUUUUAAGAUUUCUUGUGCAGUGUUCACUGUUGCUAAAAUUAUUGUGGUUGACAGGGUUUCUUCAGGGUUGAGUGAACUGGUGGGUGAGCUCAGAUCUCCUUUUUAGUUUUAUGCCUAGGUAAAGAGUUAAGUCACUUUAACAGAAUUUUUGUUAAGUAUUCGAUGUUUAAAAAAGUAAAUAAUUCUGCUUUUGUCGAUAAUUUAAAGAUAAUUUUAAUUCUAAAUAAAUAGUAGAAAAUUUUUAAAAUCUAAAAAUAAAAAAGACUUUCUAUCAAAGACGAGUUAAAACGCAGAAGUAGAAAAUAAUUUUAAAUUUCUUAAAAGGCAUUUCUCAAAGAAAGUCUGAAUUAGCAAGUUCAGUUGAUGCAGUUAUAAAACAGACUCAAGUAGAAAAGAAUAUAUUGAAACUGAUGCAGAAAUAUGGCAGUACUUGGGGGGCCCAACCCGCCUUGCUUUUUAUUUAUAUUUAUUACAUCCCCCCCCCCCCCAAACAAUUAUUGACACAUACAAUGUAUUUCUUAAAAGGAAUUUCUCAAAGAAAGUUUGAAUUAGCAAGUUCAGUUGAUGCAGUUAUAAAACAAACUCAAGUAGAAAAGAAUAUAUUGAAACUGAUGCAAAAAUAUGGCAGUACUUGGGGGGCCCAACCCGCCUUGCUUUUUAUUUAUAUUUAUUACAUCCCCCCCCCCCCCAAACAAUUAUUGACACAUACAAUGUAUUGCACAGAUUAGUGAUCUUUGACUCCAUGAAGGUUAACAACUAUUCAGAUCUCAUAAACAAUUGCAAACACAAGGAUCUAUUUCUAUAAAAUAGAAGUAAUAAAUCAAUAGGUAUUGGGUAUGUCUGUAUUUAUUUGAAUUUAUUAUUAAACUUGAAGUGCGGCUGUAAUUUUUUUCAAUGCAAUAAUCUCUAAUGUAGAUGUUUAUGUAGAACAAUGUAUGUGCAUUUUCUAAUCUAU